AUGUCUCUGGCGCAUGGCAUCCCAACAGCUCGUGGGCCGAGACGUGCAGGCGUCGUGACACCGGCGGCCUUUUCGAUCAUCAAGCUCCUCGGUGCCUCGCUCAUCAACCUGCCUCUGUCGUACGCCGCUCCACUGUUCACAACCUCCGACUCGCCCAUCUACAGACGCGAGGAGCCCGAUCCAAAGUCGCCUGAUGACCCUCAGCUAUGGAUCUACUUGAGCGUUGCCAUUGCCCUGGUGCUCCUGGGUGGAGUCUUCGCUGGCCUGACGAUUGCUCUCAUGGGUCAAGAUGAGAUCUACUUGCAGGUCAUUGCAACUUCGGGUGAAGGAAGCGAGAAGAAGAGUGCGGCCAAGGUUCUGAGGCUGCUGAAGAAGGGCAAGCAUUGGGUCCUGGUCACUCUGCUACUCAGCAAUGUCAUCACCAACGAGACUCUGCCCAUCGUCCUGGACCGUUCGCUGGGUGGUGGUUGGCCUGCUGUGCUGAGCAGUACCGUCCUGAUUGUCAUCUUCGGUGAGGUUGUUCCCCAAUCUAUCUGCGUUCGUUUCGGUCUCCCCAUUGGCGCCGCCAUGUCUCCCCUCGUUCUGGGUCUCAUGUGGAUCAUGGCCCCAGUGGCCUGGCCCACAGCCAAGCUGCUAGAUUGGUUGCUCGGCGAAGACCACGGCACUGUCUACAAGAAGGCAGGCCUCAAGACGCUCGUCACUCUCCACAAGACUCUAGGUACCACUCCUUCAGAUCGUCUGAACGAAGACGAAGUCACCAUCAUCAGUGCCGUUCUCGAUCUCAAGGACAAGGCUGUUGGCGACAUCAUGACCCCCAUGGGUGAUGUCUUUACCAUGUCGGCUGACACGGUCCUGGACGAGAAGAUGAUGGACACGAUUUUGUCUCAAGGAUACUCUAGAAUUCCAAUUUAUGCCCCGGACAACACUCGCAACUUUAUCGGCAUGCUGCUCGUCAAGAUCCUCAUCACCUACGAUCCUGAAGACUGCCUGCGCGUUCGCGACUUCGCUCUUGCUACUCUCCCAGAGACUAAGCCCGAGACCAGCUGUUUGGACAUUGUCAACUUCUUCCAGGAAGGCAAGUCUCACAUGGUCCUUGUCUCGGACUUCCCUGGUCAGGACAAGGGUGCUCUUGGUGUCUUGACUCUGGAAGAUGUUAUCGAAGAACUCAUCGGAGAGGAAAUCAUUGACGAGUCCGAUGUGUUUGUCGAUGUGCACAAGGCGAUAAGACGCAUCGCACCGGCUCCGCGCACUAGAUACACCAGGGGUAAUCACGUUGUUGAUGCUCCUGCCACCGAUGACGAGACCGAUGUUGAUGAGCGAACCCACCUGCUUGGUCCCAAGGAUGCAAGCAGUCAGAGUCGCAAGUCUUCGCUCACAGGCUCUCGCGAGGCGACUCUUCUCUUGCGCAGACGCAGUAGCACAAGCAGCGACAAGAACAGACCCUUGCCUAUCCGAUCAAACACUGCCGACUUGCGCCAGCACCUGAAGCAUCUCGGCCCAAGCAACGUUGCAAGCCGUCCAAAGGCCACCAAGUAUACCUCCGUCAAGAUCAAGCCUGGUGUCGGCACCAUUCCUGAAAACCAUGUACCCACUCCGGCCUCAACACAAGAACCCAGUUCUCAUCAAGCAGACACCUCUCAGACGAUUGUUAAUGGUGGUUCAUCUCGACCUGAAGGCGGCGAGGGUGCCGGUCUUGUUGACUCGGCUGGUGUCGACGCCAAAGAUGGAGCCCACGCUGUCGCUCAUGGAUAUGGUACCAUUUCUCCUGGCUCCAAACAUGACCAGUCUUCCAUUCACGAAGAGUCUGAAUUCCACAUCGAGGCCAACCCAUCUUCGUCUCCCAAGCCUAUGACCGCCAGCGAAGCAUCCGCGUUUGCCGACAGCCAUACGGCAGCAAAGCUUGAGGCGGACGCAAAGGCCCAAGAGAACGAGCAGCAAAAUGGUAACCACGAAUCUACCGAACAAGAGCAGCCCGAGCUGCCUCAGAAGCUGGUCGUCAAAGGAAGCACUUCUCGUCCCAUUUCUCGCGACAGGAGAGGCUCGGAAUCAUCUCACUCCACGCUUGGAGAAAUGGAAGAGCGUCCUGAAUACAAGGCCCGUCGUGCUGUAAGAUCGGGAAGCAUCACCGAAAACAUCAUCGACGUAGGCGGCAUGAAAAAGGUGGUCCUGGAGGCCAACAGCUCGUCUGAUGGAGAUGAUCAGAAAGCCAUCGAAACAAAUGAUGGCGCAAACGACAAGCAUGGCCAUAACGACGACCAGGAUGACGCUGGCAACGAUGAUGGAGGUCACGACGACACGAAAGGUAGCAAAAAGAAGAAGAAGAAGAAGCGAGCAGGCAAAAAGUUCCGCAACAAGGGCGACUCUGUCAAGAGCCGCAGCGGUGACAGCACUCCUCUGUUGAAUCAGUGA